GAUUCCUUAAAUCUAACAUUUUUAGUAGGUUCGGAGUACCAAGAGCAAUCAUCAGUGACCAAGGCACCCAUUUCUGCAAUCGCACAAUCGAAGCAUUGAUGCGCAAAUACGGUGUACAUCAUCGUAUAUCUACUGCAUAUCAUCCUCAAACCAAUGGACAAGCUGAGGUUUCAAACCGUGAAAUUAAGCAAAUUUUGGAAAAGACUGUGAACCCUAACCGCAAGGAUUGGAGUCUUCGUUUAGAAGAUGCAUUGUGGGCAUACCGCACAGCUUACAAAACGCCAAUUGGGAUGUCACCAUACAGGUUAAUUUUUGGUAAAAUGUGUCAUUUACCUGUUGAACUUGAACAUCGUGCUUUUUGGGCAGUUAAACAGUUCAACAUGA